GCGUCCGGUGAGAGCGGGGGUGAGGGAGCUCGCCAUUUUAGGAGCCUGUGAGGAUCUGCAGGCUGGAAAUCUUACAAAUAAUAAACGCUGCAGGUUAAUAAUGUCCGCAGAAAGCGCCCCGGACCAGGCUGCGGAAUACAUCCCGGAAAAGGUGAAAAAGGCAGAGAAGAAGUUGGAAGAAAACCCGUAUGACCUCGACGCGUGGAGCAUACUGAUUCGAGAAGCACAGAACCAACCUAUAGACAAAGCAAGGAAGACAUACGAAAGACUUGUCGCCCAGUUCCCCAGCUCGGGCAGAUUCUGGAAACUAUACAUUGAAGCUGAGAUCAAGGCUAAAAACUAUGACAAGGUUGAAAAGUUGUUUCAGAGAUGCCUGAUGAAGGUGCUGCACAUCGACCUGUGGAAGUGCUAUCUCUCAUACGUCCGAGAAACCAAAGGAAAGCUGCCCAGCUACAAGGAAAAGAUGGCUCAGGCGUACGAUUUCGCUCUGGACAAAAUAGGAAUGGAGAUAAUGUCAUAUCAGAUUUGGGUGGACUACAUCAACUUCCUCAAAGGAGUCGAGGCGGUGGGGUCAUACGCAGAAAACCAGCGAAUCACGGCUGUGCGGCGGGUUUACCAGAGGGGCUGCGUCAACCCCAUGAUCAACAUCGAACAGCUGUGGAGAGAUUACAGUAAAUACGAGGAGGGUAUUAAUAUACACUUGGCUAAAAAGAUGAUAGAGGAUCGGAGCAGGGACUAUAUGAAUGCUCGGAGAGUGGCUAAGGAAUAUGAGACCGUGAUGAAAGGCUUGGACAGGAACGCUCCCUCAGUACCCCCACAGAACUCUCCUCAGGAGGCUCAGCAGGUGGAGAUGUGGAAGAAAUACAUUCAGUGGGAGAAGAGCAACCCCCUGCGCACAGAAGACCAAACACUAAUCACCAAGAGAGUGAUGUUUGCCUACGAGCAGUGCCUUCUGGUGCUUGGCCAUCACCCUGACGUCUGGUACGAGGCUGCCCAGUAUCUGGAGCAGUCCAGCAAGCUGCUGGCAGAGAAAGGGGACAUGAACAACGCUAAGCUGUUCAGUGACGAGGCCGCCAACAUCUACGAGCGUGCCAUCUCCACUCUACUGAAGAAGAACAUGCUGCUGUAUUUCUCCUUUGCUGACUACGAGGAGAGUCGAAUGAAGUAUGAGAAAGUACACAGCAUAUACAACCGCCUGCUAGCUAUAGAGGACAUCGACCCGACUUUGGUUUACAUUCAGUAUAUGAAAUUUGCCAGAAGAGCAGAGGGUAUAAAGUCCGGUCGUUCUAUUUUUAAGAAGGCCAGAGAAGACGUUCGGACACGGCACCACGUUUACGUCACAGCUGCUCUUAUGGAAUACUACUGCAGCAAGGACAAAUCAGUGGCGUUUAAGAUCUUUGAGCUGGGCCUGAAGAAGUACGGAGACAUCCCGGAGUAUAUUCUGGCAUAUAUAGAUUAUCUCUCUCAUCUCAAUGAGGAUAACAAUACGAGGGUGCUGUUUGAGAGGGUUUUGACAUCUGGAAGUCUUUCUCCAGAGAAAUCCGGGGAGAUCUGGGCUCGUUUCUUGGCGUUUGAGAGUAAUAUAGGAGAUCUGGCGAGUAUCCUGAAGGUGGAGCGGAGGCGUUUUAUGGCGUUUAAAGAUGAAUAUGAGGGGAAGGAGACGGCCCUGCUGGUGGACAGAUACAAGUUCAUGGAUCUGUACCCCUGCUCCUCCAGUGAACUCAAAGCUCUUGGAUACAAGGAUGUAUCCCGUGCUAAAUACGCUGCACUGAUCCCGGAGGCAGUGGUGGCGCCUUCAGCCCCCACCCUGAAAGAUGAGACUGACCGUAAACCAGAGUAUCCAAAACCAGACACCAAUCAGAUGAUCCCCUUCCAGCCACGACACCUCGCUCCCCCGGGCCUGCACCCUGUUCCUGGAGGUGUGUUUCCUGUGCCUCCAGCUGCUGUUGUGCUGAUGAAGCUGCUGCCUCCUCCAACCUGUUUUAUGGGUCCGUUUGUAAAAGUGGAUGAGCUGAUGGAAUCGUUUAGAAGAUGCACAUUACCUGAAACUGUAGAAGCUGCUGUGGAGCUGAUCACGGGGAGUCGCCCCGACGCUCCAAUGGAGGGGAACGGCCCAGUGGAGAACCACGCCGUGGCCAACAAGGCCCUGAAGAGACCCAACGCCGACUCAGACGAGGAGGAGGAGAAAGGAGCCGUCGCCCCUCCGGUUAACGAUAUCUACCGAGCGAGACAGCAGAAGAGGAUCCGAUGAGCCCCGCCCACCUACACACAUACCUGUACAAACACACACAUACCUGUACAAACACACACCUGUACAAAUACACACACACUGAUUAUCUCACCACGGACACACCAACCUCUAACCCAACUGUUCCUCCAGUGAUUCAAUCUCUUACCUGAUCCUCCUCCUCCUCUCUUAUUAGAUGUGUUUAAUUGAAAACACACACCAGAAUGUAUCAUCUACCUUUAAACCUCUUUUUUUUUUUUUUGAGGUUUUUGACUCGUCGAGACGGACAGACAGACUCAUCAGUUCAGAUAACUCGAGUCUCUUCACUGAUCUCCUCUCAUCUCCUCAGAUCUUCUCCGAUUAUCUUCGUGGUUCCUGCCGAUUUUUUUUGUUCUCGUGUUUUUGAUGUUUGCUUCUUCUUUUUUUUAAGGAAAAAAAGACAGUUUUAUUUUUAAAACUGAGUGGCUUAUAUUGUACAAAGUUUUUAUUCUGGAUGUUGAUUUUGACACGUAGUUCGGAGCUUACCUCGUGUAGUAACUUGGUGAUGGAAGAAUCGGAAACAUCGGCCGUGUCAUUUUGUAGUGAAAUGGAAAUUAAAACAACUUCACUUCCAAUAAAACUAAAAAACGUCUAAAACUGA